GCGGGAGUGCGCAGCAGCCUCUGCUCUGAGAGAGAAGUGACUGCUGCGAUGAGCAGCAAGAGACGGCGGUUCCAGCUUCUGUAGCCCAAGAUAACGACCUCCACUUUCCAGGCAGACUCCUAAUACCAAUGUGGACAUGACGCCGCUUUUGGACUGAGAGUUGCUGGAAGAAAGGCUGUGCUGGAGGGACGGAAAUCGGACGGUGAAUUAAGCUAGUUGACGACGAGGGGCUCGCCGCUGUCGGCGGGGGCUUCGGUGCAGGUUCCAGGAUGGAGCAGUGACUCGUACUGUUCACUUUGUCUGACCGAAAGUGACCAUGAAGGACACCGUAGAGUCCAAGGACCACCAACUCACUGUCGCAUUGAGGAUUCGGCCUCUCAGUGAUGUGGAGCAGGAGGAGGGGGCGACCAUCGUGGCUCACAGAGUAGAUGAGCAGAUGGUGGUUCUGAUGGACCCGAUGGAGGAUCCAGAUGACAUUCUUCGUGCCCACCGCUCUAGAGAGAAGACUUACAUGUUCGAUGUGGCGUUUGACUUCUCAGCCACUCAAGAGGAAGUUUACAGAGCAACAACCAAAGGUCUGAUCGAAGGGCUCAUAUCAGGCUAUAAUGCCACUGUCUUUGCCUAUGGACCUACAGGUUGUGGGAAAACAUACACCAUGUUGGGGACUGACAAGGAGCCUGGCAUCUAUGUUCGUACACUGAACGACUUGUUUCGUGCCAUCGAGGAGACCAGUGACGACAUGCAGUACAGCGUCUCAAUGUCUUAUUUGGAGAUCUAUAAUGAGAUGAUCCGCGACCUACUGAACCCAGCAACAGGUUUUCUGGACCUGAGAGAAGAUUCCAAAGGAGUCAUUCAGGUAGCAGGAAUAACUGAGGUGUCCACCAUCAAUGCACAAGAGAUCAUGGAGUUGCUGAUGAAAGGAAACAAGCAGCGCACGCAGGAGCCAACAGCUGCCAACCGGACAUCGUCACGCUCCCACGCUGUCCUGCAAGUGGCAGUCAGGCAGCGGAGUCGUUGUAGGGAUGUCCUGCAAGAAGUUCGCUUUGCCCGUCUGUUCAUGAUUGAUCUUGCUGGUUCUGAAAGAGCUGCACAGACUCAGAACCGAGGACAGAGGUUGAAGGAAGGCGCUCACAUCAAUCGUUCCCUACUCGCGCUGGGCAACUGCAUCAAUGCUCUGAGCGACAAAAACGGGAACAAGUACGUCAACUACAGAGACAGCAAGCUAACUCGUCUCCUGAAGGACUCCCUGGGAGGAAACAGUCGGACAGUUAUGAUCGCACACAUCAGUCCAGCAUCUGUGGCUUUUGAGGAAUCACGAAACACACUGACUUAUGCUGACCGUGCCAAAAGUAUUAGAACCCGGGUCAAAAAGAACUUGAUCAAUGUUUCCUACCACAUCGCCCAGUACACCAACAUUAUUUCUGACCUGCGCUGUGAGAUUCAGCGGCUGAAGAGCAAAAUCGCAGAUCAAGCAAGCCGUCAGAUCAGCUCUGACCAUGCUGAUAUCCGCCAUGUGCAGGCUGAGGUCCAGGCUCAUUCCAGCCAAAAGAGUCGGGCAGAGAUGGACCAGCUGAGGGAGCAACUGUUGGAUGCCUUCAGUCAGCAAAUGGAGAUCAGAAGAAGCUUGAUGGAGCUGGACAGCAGUAACAUGGAGAUCCAGAUGGAUACAUCCAAAAACCUGCUGACCAUCGCAGACUGGGAGCAGGAGCGAUGUCGGCGCAGGAGGAAGUGGCGAGCUGAGCGGAGGAAAGAAAGUGCGAACAAGGAUGACAGCGAGAAGGACUCGGAUUCUCCAGAGUCGCCGCCAGACAGCAGUGAGACACGAGAAGUGUCGCUGGCCCGAGAGAACCUGUUGUUGCUGACGACUGAGCAGAAGAAGAUUCACAAACAAAAGUGCAUACUGGAGCGACGGUUCCUGGAGCUUCGAGAACGGGCACAGCGUCUGGAGGAGCUGCUGCCUCGAAGGGUCAGCUCAGAGGAGCAGCGAGAGGUGCUGGGUCUACUCUGUAAAGUGCACGAGCUGGAGAUCGAGAAUGCGGAGAUGCAGUCCAGCGCCUUGCUCAAGGACAACGUCAUCCGACAGAAGAACUUCGUGGUUCAACGAUUUGAACAGCACAGAAACCUUUGUGAUGAAAUCAUUCAGCAGCAGCGGCAGUUCAUAGACAAUCACAGUCUGCUCGUGCCCUCGCACCUUCAGGAACUGUACGACAUUUACACUCGAGAACUGGAUGAGAGGAAACUGGAUCGAGCACUUGCCCUGGAGAAGGUGACCAUCAGGCACAACCUCAAGGAGUCGUCGCUUCCCAAAAUCACACUACCGGGUCAGAGUCGGGACGUCAUGCAGGAUGUGGACUCGGAUCAGGAGAGCGUUCGUCUUGUGGAGAACCAUCACACCAGAUUCCGCCGGCACACUCUUCCUCCAAUCCUGCCAGAGUCUGAUCUUGACAGCAACAAAAUGUUCAAGUGCAGCAACAUUUACGCCCGACAGCUGAAGAACUCAGGUUUGACCACUUCGCCUCCGGUUCACAUUGGGAGCCGAAACAUCCGAGAGCAGAUGCUGCCACUCACCACCGAAAAGUCUUUGAGCUUCAGUCUGAUGAGUCACAGUGUCAGCAGCCAACUGGACUCUUCACCUGAGAGCAGUGAGGCUGGUGUGGAGGCUCCCAUGUCACUAAAUGAGCGUCAACAAAUCCAAAAAGGUGUGCAGAACAUUGUGGUGAAAGCGGCUCGUCGGCGCUCAAAGGCUGUGGAAGUGGAUUCCUUGCGGCUGCCGCCCCCAUCUCCACUGGAUCCCUACAAACAGAAGAGCAGCCUUUCUUUAAGUGACGCGCCCCCUAGAGGUGGCCAAGCCACACGAGGCAGGCCGCAGGUACCUGAACUGAGGCACGCGACGUCAGACGACAACCUGUCUAGCAGCACUGGCGAGGGGCCAAACCCACAGAGUACCUGGACACGCCCACACCAACGCCAUGUGACCAACAAGCUCCCACACGAGGGGGACUUCGAAGCUCGACGCAAGAAGAGACGUUCACGAUCAUUUGAGGUCACAGGUCAAGCACUUCCACAGACCAAGACCAUGAAAGCGCAACGGUUCCGCCCUCUCGAUAGCACUUCUGACCCCCACCUACACAUCAAUGGCCUCCCCCAGGCACCCGUGCUCCGGCCUCAGAACCGAGGAGUCCAGCCUCUUGCCAAAGUCCGACUUCCUCCCAGCAACCAGCGGACAGGUUCUGACUCUCCCAACUCUCAUGUCACUAACCUGAAGAAGGCGCAACAAUUCCGGCAGCCGCAGCCACUCCUCUACAUCACCACAAUGGGAAGCCAACGAACCCGCCGACACUAACACGGUCAACUCACGACCCUGCUCUACGCUGAGUGUGGGUGUCUGAGUGCCUCUUAUGGGUCUUGACACAGCAAUGCUUUUGUGACAGUAGUAUUGUAAACAGAUCAGAAUGAAAGAGACUUGCCUUUACCAAGCUUCGAAUAUAUCUCUUGUUUGCAUGACCCUCACCAGCAACCCAUCUUGGCUCCACUAUUCUGAAAGUAAACCUAGUUAUUAUAGUCUGACUACUGUCUUAGUUCACUGAAGAGUACCUGUUCUUUGUGGCGGGUAAACACUUCUUCUCAGCCGUGCACGGAUCUGUGUUUAAAGAAUGUCGCUUUUGUGCGGUGAGGAGCACUGACCUCAAAAGACUUGUUUGUGAACUGAAGAUGUACUUAUUUUUACUCAUACACUCUUUUUGUUUAGGGAGUUUUAAUACUUUCUACUUCUGAUUUUUGUAAAGUUUUGUAUUUUCAA